AUGGUGGGAGAGUACAGUAGGUUUGGUAUGAAUUUUGGGGAAUCUCUGAAGGUACCCUUCAGAGUCAACGAUGUCCUUCCAGUUCUUCCUCGGCAGAUUUCGUGGCCUGUGCUCAACAAUCUCCACAGCGCCGUUGACUUGUUGCCGUCGUUCGUCGGAUCGGUCUCCCUUACCAAGGGGUCGAUUGAGUGCAAAGGGGCUUGCUUUUUCGAUAACGAAGCUCGGCUUGAGUUCACCGGCAGUGAUCGGGGUUUGGGCGGCGGUGUUCUUCACCUCAAGACUUCUGCAGCUCACAGCUGGACCUGUAUGGAUCUGUAUGUUUUUGCAACACCUUAUAGGAUUACCUGGGAUUAUUAUUUCUCUGCCCGAGACCAUACUUUGAAAUUUGAAUCUUGGGAGAAAGAAGCAGAGCUGGAAUAUGUAUUAUUGUGUUCAUCCUUUUUCUUUUUAUUCUUCUAUAGAAAUCUGUUAUAAAAGGUUGACUAUCUG